AUGAAUGAAGAAGAGCAUGAAGAAGUUCAUGGAGACGACGAGGAAUUGAUGGAAGGAGAAAGUGAUGAUGACAGUCAAGAGAACGAAGCGGCGAAUGAAGUUGCAUUGGUCUCAUUCUAUUCGUUACAACCUUCAAAAUUUCAGGUUUAUAUACCUGGUGUGAGUCGGCCAUUGAAAGAAGACGAGGAGUGGGAGUUCGAUCCGGAAGCGUAUCGAUUAUUCCAUACAUUUGAAACAAAAUGGCCAUGCCUCAGUUUUGAUACGGUGAUUGAUACGUUGGGUGAUAAUCGAAGUGAAUUUCCACUGACGUGCACACUCGUUGCGGGUACACAAGCCGAGGAUUCAAGGCGAAAUGAAAUCAUUACUAUGCGUUUAUCGAAUCUUUAUGGAAUUCCCCACGAUAAAGAAGACGAUGAAUCUGAGAGUGAUAACGACGAUGACGAGGAAACCACACAGAGUGCUAAAUCUCCUCGAAUGCACGCAGCAGCGAUUAAACAUCAGGGUUCUAUCAAUCGAAUUCGAGUCAGUCAUACAACUAAUUUGGGUGAUAGUCGUGUGUGUGCAGCUUGGAAUGCACUCGGCAAGGUGCAAUUAUGGAAUUUGAGUAACGCCUUAAAAGAGGUGAAUAAUAUGAAUGAUUGUGCCAGUAAGUCGGUGGUUAUCAAAGAAAAUCCUUUAUUUUCUUAUGUUGGACAUAAGGAUGAAGGUUAUGCACUGGCGUGGUCAUCCUUAAAAACUGGUGCACUGGCGUCUGGCGAUAAUCGAGGCAGUAUUUCGAUAUGGGCAAUGGGUGAGGGUGGUCAGUGGUCAAUCAAUCAGCGUCCAUUGAGCGGUCACACGUCGUCAGUUGAAGAUCUGGCUUGGUCACCAACCGAACAGUCAUUGCUUAUCUCAUGUUCGAGCGAUCGAUCCGUUAAAUUAUGGGAUACGAGGCUGGGAAUUUAUACNAUUGCAUCACCAGAUUCGAAGGCUUGUGUUUGUACGGUGACAGAUGCUCAUGAAUCUGAUGUAAACGUUCUAUCUUGGAAUAAACAUGAUCCUCUUAUAGUGACAGGUGGUGAUGAUGCGACUUUAAAAAUAUGGUCACUUAAAACAAUACAGCAUCAUAAAGGAGCGAUAACGUCCGUUGAAUGGUGCCCACUUGAAUCAACCACUUUGUUAGCAAGUGGAGAAGACGAUCAAUCGACAAUAUGGGAUUUAGCGGUAGAGGCUGAAAUUGAUCAAGAGAGUAACGUGAGCGAAGUACCUCCGCAGUUGCUGUUCGUUCAUAUGGGACAACAUGAAAUUAAAGAGGUUCAUUGGCAUAGUCAGAUUCCUGGUCUUGCAAUCACAACCGCACUCGAUGGCUUCAAUGUAUUUCGAACGAUAAGCGUUUAA